AUGGAUGGUUUCGGGACUCCGCCACCGGCCGCAGCCGCCACCUCAGCCGUUCUCGACGACGACGAUCUCCUCGGCGAGAUCCUCCUUCGCGUCGCGUUCCCCACCAGCCUCGUCCACGCCGCUCUCGUCUGCAAGCGCUGGCUCGGCCUCGCCUCCGACCCCGUGUUCCUUCACCGCUUCCGCGAUCUCCACCCACCCAGACUCCUCGGCUUCUACGUCCGCACAACGGGCAGGAAGCCCCCGCAGUUCGUGCCUGUGCCUCAGCCCCCUGAGCUUGCCGCCGUCGGCCGCAGCCCUAACAUUGAUUUGGGCACCUUGGGCAGCGACAGCCCACCGAGAUCGCUGUACGUGGAUUGCUGGAACGACCUCCUCCUCCUCACAUCCUUCAUGGACACCAACGAACCCAAACGAAUUGUGCGCUGCCCCCUGUACCCUGCGAGAUAUACGACUAUCCUCCCACCAGUUCCCGACAGCAGCUUCCAUGACGGCUUCACAUACGACGAAGGUGAGAUCAUCCUCGACGGUGGAGGCGAUGGCCUGUCCUCCUUCUAUCUGGCGCUGGCCUCUAAAGGGCAGCAGACAGCUGUGCAUGUUUUGAUUGGUGACGGGAAGGUCUAUAAUCUGGCCUCCGUGGGCAAGAUUGAUAAGUUAUUUGUGCUAGAUCUUGCGUCCUCAUCUUUGUCGCUAGUAAACCUCCCAGAAGAGGCGUUGCCGUGGCGUGGCAGGCUGUCGCUUGCAGAUCAUUCUGGGGUUCAUCUGAUCAAUGUGAAGGACCUUGAAAUUCGCAUCUGGCUCCACAAGAUGGAUAGCAAUGGCGUCCCCAACUGGUUCCUUGCCAAUACCAUUUGUUUACGUGAGAUUUUUGGUAACCAUAUGAUACCGAUUCACAUGUUGGUGGAUGUGGAUGAUUAUUACUUAGCGGUACAUGCAGUUGGGUUCAAUGCUGAGUUUCUUUUCAUCGAGAUAGACGACGUCCUUUACCUUGUUGAUAUCAAAUGCAAGGUGUUAAAGAAGGUUUACGAGAUGACACAAGAGGAUACAUACUUUUAUACUGUCAGCCCCUUUAUGAUGGUUUCGCCUCCUAAAUUCCCUGUGAUGAAAGAAGGAUGUGAUCUGAAAGAAUAA